ACCGCGGGAGAAAAUAACAUUUAAUGAUGAUGUCGAUAUACUAAUUAAAGUGAUAAAAAUCGAAUGCGAUCUUGAGUUAGGUUACAAUACAUCAAACUCGUAAAUUGAUCGUUCAAUGGUUAUAAUUUACACCCAAUAAUUGGGACUCAAAAUCUAAUUUUGGCAAUUCCAACGACAUUUCUGCUGGCAUAGUCCUUAUUCCGAUCUGAUAAUCGCGACGAAAACAUUUCUAUUGGCUUUAUAAAUGAAUAAACUGUCAAUUUCCGAUGUCAUUUUCACCAUUACACCGUGCAGGCGGACACUAAACAUCCCUCUGUUACGAAGUUGUCAGGACUGAAACAACAGCAGCUUCAGCCUCAGCCUCAGCAGCCCUUUACGCGACGCAAUAGCACCGGAUCAUCAACAUGGAAUCAAAUCACCUAUGGACGAUGUUAGUGAGCGUGGCGCUCUCCUUACUGGUAGUUGGAGCGCAGGAAAAUAUUAUUCCCGUCAUUAGAAACGACAUACCGGAAUGUCAGGAGAACGCCGUGUGUGCCAAUGUGUUCAGGACGAAUUCAUUAACACGUGGGUACCAGGUGCGCAGCAUCCUUAACUGCCGAUGUCACGUGGAUGAUGGCAUGCCCGGAAGUGAAGACUUAGUGGCGGGAGGGUGUCCUUACCUGACACCAAACGACAAUAAUUCCGUGUUCCAGUCACAAAGAAACCAAGAGGUGUUUUGCGGUAGCGUAAGGGAUUUGCCGAUGUGUGAAGAGGGCCAGCUUGCCAGGGAAAAGAUGUCAGACUUCAGUGGGCGAGCUUAUUUUGCUGUGUACUGCCGCUGCCCGUUCCACACCCUGCCAUUUGAAAUGGAAAAUCGGAUGAAGGCUACCGUGGCGGACAGAUUCUUCAAAACCAGAUACACAUGCAAUCAGCGUCCAUGAAAACACUGACUGAGGUUACAUAUUCAACGAGUGUCUGUCCAGUAAAGAUGGUUGACCUGCUCAGUGAUGGGUGUAGGAUUAGACCAAUGUUUAACAAUCAGAUAAACUUCAAGUUCGUGACGUGCUGACUCUAUUUUAACUGGACGUGUAGGAAUGUGUGAUUUAUACCAUCUUUGUACCAUAUCGUGUAUUUCUCUGUAAAUAAAAUAUUGUUACGAAUUAAAAUGAAUUGAACAAACUAUUA